AUGACUUCAUCGCAACCAUCAAAAAUAAGCACAACCAUACUAGCUGCUGCUGUACCGAUAAAUCCAUCCGAAGUAUCGAGAAAUUCAUCCGAUAUGCUACAAUAUUUGAAAACUGGUAGUAAACUAAUUAAGCAUACCGCUACUGGGAAAACAAAUCCGAGACAAUAUUAUUUGUUGAAAAGCGAAGAUAUUGUUUCUUGUGAUGAACCAGACACGUUAUUUACAAAAUCAACUAACUAUCUUAUAAAUGCAAUAGACGAAAUUCGAUGUGGUUAUAAUUCGAGUACAUUUAAAACAUUAUUACAAAACAAACUUGUUCAUAAAGAUAAUGUAAUUGAAUUGAAUGAAGAGUUCCAUUCAAAAAGAUUUUUAGCAGCUCAGGACGUUCCCUCUUGGAUAAUAAAUCAUUUUUAUUCUGCUGAUAAAGACGGAUCUGGAACAUUGACAAAACAAGAAUGUCAACGUUUAUUGACAGACGUACUAAAUACAAAGAUGUCCAAUAGUUUAUUUCAAACAAUGUUCAAACAAGCUGACGUCAGUGGUGAAGGUUUAUUAAAUCAGGAAGAAUUCAUUGUGUUCUUCAAAACAUUAACAAGACGACAAGAUUUAUUUACAAUUAUGCAGAAUCAUGUUCAAAAUGGUGAAUCCAUGACAAGUGAUACAAUCAAGAUGAGUGCUCAAGAGUUAACCAACUUUCUGUUAACUGUCGAACGUGUUAGUCAUUUAAUAGAAUUUGAUAUUGUUGAAGAUCGAGCCAUAAAAUUAAUUCAACAAUUUGAAGUCGAUGUAGCAUUCAAAUCUCAAGGAUUUUUAAGCAUUGAUGGUGGGUAUGAUCAAUAA